GGCUUAAGUGGGGGGGACACAGGAGCCCUGCGGGGGUGGCUCGUAGCUCUGUCCCUGCAACAGCCUGUCAGGGAGGGAGGCACCGGGUGAGGCACUGGCAGAGAUUUUGCAACUGGAUGCUGAGGGCUGAGAGGCACCGCCUCUCCGCCUCUCUCUCCGCCUCUCAGGAGAAGGGAUCAGGGAAUGCCCCACUCCUAGGUGCACCUGGGAUGGGUGGAGAGAGCGCGAGGAACCUGUGCCCGACGUUGAGUCUAGUUAGGUCAUGGAGACAGCAUGGGGUCUGUAGGACCAAGACCUUGCCCAUGACUCUGAGGGCAGUCUGCCUUUCAUCCAGGCCCUGGGGUCCCUUAUCAGUCUUUUGGGGUGCCUCUUAGCAAAGCUAAACAGGCCCAGGCAGUGGCUGGGAGAACCACCCAUGGGUGCCUGGCUGGGCCAGUAGAGUCGCCACAUUCCAGGCUCUUGGCUGGCGGAGAAGGAGACAGACGGGUGCGGGUUCCGCCUCCACUGGGAGGUCAGAGGCCCCGAAGAUGGACGAACAGGUGUUCAAGGGGGACCCAGACACCCCUCAUUCCAUCUCCUUCUCGGGAAGCGGGUUCCUUUCCUACUACCAGGCAGGGGCUGUGGACGCUCUGCGAGACCUGGCCCCGAGGAUGCUGGACACAGCCCAUCGUUUUGCUGGGACAUCAGCCGGCGCAGUGAUCGCUGCCCUGGUCAUCUGUGGGAUUGAAAUGGAGGAGUACCUCCGAGUGCUGAACAAGGGCCUGGCUGAGGUGAAGAAGUCCUUCCUGGGCCCUCUGUCCCCGUCCUGUAAGAUGGUACAGAUGAUGCGACAGUUUUUGUAAGACGUCCUGCCUGAGGACUCCUACAAGUUUGCCACCGGGAAGCUGCACGUGAGCCUCACCAGAGUCACAGACGGGGAGAAUGUGGUGGUUUCAGAGUACACGUCCAAGGAAGAACUCAUCGAGGCCCUGUACUGCAGCUGCUUCGUUCCUGUGUACUGCGGCUUCAUUCCCCCGACAUACCGAGGUGAGCGGUACAUCGACGGUGGCUUCACGAGCAUGCAGCCCUGCGCCUUCUGGACCGACUCCAUUACCAUCUCCACCUUCAGCAGCCAGCAGGACAUCUGUCCGAGAGACUGCCCGGCCAUCUUUCAUGACUUCCGAAUGUUCAACUUCUCCUUCCAGUUCUCCCUGGAGAACAUCACCCGCAUGACACAUGCGCUCUUCCCGCCAGACCUGGUGAUCCUGCAGGAUUACUACUAUCGGGGCUAUGACGACGCCGUUUCAUACCUGCGGAGGCUGAACGCUGCCUACCUCGACUCCCCCAGCAAGAGAGUGAUUUUCCCCAGGGUGGAAGUGUACUGCCAGAUAGAGGUUGCCCUUGGCCACGAGCCCCCAGCUCAGCGGGACCAGCUUGAAGACUCCUCACUACCCCAUGCUCAGGGGGCUCCCCAAGAGGACAGGACGGAUGGCCAUUCUCCAGCUUCCCCAUCAGUGCAGACACCCGAAUCCAGGACCAGCGGGGUUGUGGAGUCACCAGGGGGCUCCUCAUCUAAGCAGUCACCGGCAUCACCGUCGGCCCCAUCCCAGCCAUGCCCGGAAAUGAGUCCCGGGCUGCCCACUGACCCCAGGGACACUGACCCAGUGAAUCCUCAAACCCCAAGCCUGAAGGAAGGAGUGAAGGAUGGCUGUCAACCGGACUCGGCCGCUGACGACAACCGAGGCACAAAAAGCCUGCCACCAGUGUCGCACACCUCAGACUCAGCGGCAGACGCGCACAGCUCAGAGGCUGGAUCCUCAGUGCCUGAAUCAUCACCUGAAUCCCCUCAUUGUUCUGGACUGCUGCUCAGACAUCCCCAGGCAGCCACAGCAGCAGGGGCAGCCUCCAGACUUCUGCCCUCAGGUCCUUCAACACCACCUGCCCUGCCACCCGUGGAGGAGCCCAGCCCAGAGCGACCCACAGGGCCUCCUGCCUCUCCACAGCUGACCAGCUUGGCAGCACCGGGCACCAGGAAGCAAGCCCUCCACAAGCCUCUGGUGGACAGUCCUGCUGUGGAUUCAAACAGGGCAGACAAGAUGUUCAAGAAGAAACAGAAGACAAAGGCCACCAGAGAGUUCUUCCAGAGAAACCCUCGCUCCAAGAAGCCAGCCAGCAAGCUGCAGUCUGCUCCUUGUCCACUGGACUUUCCUGUACUCUCCACUUCCAAGACAGUUUGGGUCACCUACAAACCUCAUCCCAGUCGGAUCCAAGAAUACAGCUGCCCUGAGGGAGUGGUUGGACAGAGCACCUAGGCUGACUGAUGCAGGAGAGACCCCAGUACCUGGAGUCCGAGUCCAGCUUCCCGCCCAAGGCGGGCCAGUUGGGACCAGGGGGUUGCUCUCAGCCAUCCAGCGCUGCAGAAGGUCUGCUCCCCCUCCCCAUGUCUGUUUCCCUGCCUGAGGAGUCUCCUGCCCACCAGGGAGGGGCCUGAGCAGCAUUCUGGGCUCCAGAGAUUUUCCAUCCCCCCUGGAAUUGUAAGGCUCAGCCAUGCAGACCAGCAGUUGCAGGCUUUCCCAGUCUUGGAGUCCGGGGAGAAUGUCAAGGACGAAAUGUCCCCCCCCCCAUACCAGUGAGGGUGGAGUGUCCUUCACACGGCUAUGACAGUGAGCCACGAGGAAGACAUCUCCAGCCUCCGUGGGUGAUGCUCUGGGGACAUGUAAAAUUAAACAUCUGCUCUCAAGCUGGCAUAGUA